AGCCCAAGCUAACAGGAAGGCAACAGAUUUAUUUCUUAGUUUGUGUCUGUUGUCGCUAAAUAGAUACUGCACUGCUGCUGAAAGGCAGAGGAAACAAUAAAAUGCCAUUAUUUGAUGGGUUGGGAAGUGGAGGAGAGAAGACUGCAAUUGUUAUCGAUUUAGGAGCAGCGUUCACAAAAUGCGGCUUUGCAGGGGAAACGGGGCCCAGGUUCAUAAUACCGAGCGAGAUCCGGAAACCGGGACAGCAACAGGCCAUCAAAGUGGUUCAGUACAACAUCAAUACAGAAGAGCUUUAUGUCAUCCUCAAAGAGUUUAUCCACAUACUGUACUUCAGGCACCUAUUGGUGAACCCUCGCGACAGAAGAGUGGUCAUCAUCGAGUCCAUCCUCUGCCCAUCCCACUUCAGGGAGACUCUCACCAAAGUUUUCUUCAAACAGUUUGAGGUUCCCUCUGUGUUGUUUGCUCCAAGUCACCUUAUGGCCGUCAUGACUUUGGGUAUCAACUCUGCGUUGGUGAUGGACUGUGGGUACACAGAGACCCUGGUGCUGCCCGUUUAUGAGUGCACUCCUAUUUUGCCAACCUGGGAAGCUUUACCUCUGGGCGGUAAAGCCAUCCAUAAAGAGUUGGACGGACUUCUCGUGGAGCAGUGCACUGUGGACACAGACACCACCACUGGGCAGAGCGUCCCGGCUGUCAUCGGCACCAUCCCAGAAGAGAUUGUGGAGGACAUCAAGGUCAGAACCUGCUUCGUCAGUGACCUGCAGCGAGGCCUCAAGAUCCAGGAGGCCAAAUUUAACCUGGACGGCACAGCAGAGCGUCCAGCUCCUCCUCCAGAUGUGGAUUACCCUCUCGACGGUGAAAAAAUCCUGCACGUCAAAGGGUCUAUCAGGGACUCUGUGAUGGAGAUCCUGUUUGAACAGGACAACGAGGAGAAGAGUGUGGCCUCUCUCAUACUUGAUGCCCUGGUGAAGUGCCCCAUCGACACCCGUAAAGUGCUCUCGGAGAAUCUGGUGGUGAUCGGAGGCACGGCCAUGCUGCCAGGCUUCCUGCACCGCCUCCUGGCAGAGAUACGCCUCCUUGUGGAGAAGCCCAAGUACAGCAAGGUGCUGGCCAGCAAGAGCUUCCGUAUCCACGCUCCACCGGCCAAACCCAACUGCACCGCCUGGCUCGGAGGCGCCAUCUUCGGAGCCCUCCAGGACAUCCUGGGCAGCAGGUCGGUUUCACGGGACUACUACAACCAGACGGGCCGCAUCCCGGACUGGUGCUGCCUCAGCUCCCCUCCGCCCGAGUCCCUCUACGAAGCGGGGAAAACGCCCCCGCCGCUCAUGAAGAGAGCUUUCUCCACCGAGAAGUAGAACUUCACCGCAACACGGUUUCAGACUUCAGUUCACUAAUCUUCCUCGACAGGCGUUCUUAGUGUUGAGUAGUCAUUUGGACUUUUUUUGUCCGGACCAGUUUGGUGAGCAGAUUUCAACUCAGUUCCAGUCACAUUGCACAAAGUGUCAUACAGUGUUAGAUAUCUGUAAUAUUUCCAUGUGCUGUGUUGCAGCCAUACCUGCUGCUGCUGAAGUCUCCCGUUGUUUCACUUCCUCUUUUGCUGUUGGAGUUUAGGCUAAAAAACAAAACAAUGUGCUGAAAAGGAAAUAGUUUGGAUGCCUUACACACGCAAAAAAAAUGUACAUUAACACACAGAAAAUCCUUAAAAUACUGGAAAAGAACUUGGAUAAUUGGAGACACA